CACCCUCACCCACACUCAAAAUCGAUGAUUCAAACAAACAACACACAAACAAGGUGAGAACCAUGGACUUCACCCCACCAUCAAACCCUCCUAUGGUUAUACAACAACCCAACCCCAUUUCAUCAAUCCCUUCUUCUGGUAGUAAGCUUCCAAUUAAGCGCAAAACCCCCACAUCAACUCUUAUCCUCUCAACGCCCAAACUCGAAUCCGACGACGACGACGCCGAUCCCGAUCCCGAUCCCGAUCAUGACGCCAUCGCCAGGCAACCUCCUUUCAAAUUUCAUCGGAUUUGGACGGAGCCAGACGAGAUCCGUUUCCUCCAGGGACUCCUCGAUUGUUCUUCCCAAGGCUUGUCGUUCCCUCGAGAUCUCGGAAUAUUCUACUCUCGAUUCUCCCAUGGAAUGUCGCAGCCGUACACGAAAUCGCAGCUGUCUGAGAAGCUCCGUCGUCUCCGGAAGAAGUUCAGGGUGAUUUCCUCGCGGCUGUCGAAAGGGCUCGACAAGGCGCUGCUUUCGCCGCAGGAUCGUGCUUUGUAUGAUCUUUCGAAGCAACUUUGGGAGCCGGAUCAUCCGUUUUUACCAUCUGGCGUUUCCAAUUCGGAUUCUAACCCGGUUAAUAAUCACAACUGUAAGCCGAAUUUGGUUGGGGUUAAGGUUAGUUUCUCGCCGACGCUACCUUCGUCUUCUAUGGCUGUAUUAGCUUUGCCGUCUGUGAUUAAGGAAACGAACAAUCGUAGCAACCGUAACAAAUUUAACAACCUUGCUGCUGGUGCUGCUACUGCUGGUGGUUUCAAUGGCGAUGUUAAGCUUAAUGAUGUGAAUGUAGAAUUGGAGCGUAAUGCUGAAAUGGCGCGAAAAGAAGUCAGGGUAAAGAGUGGUGGUGAUGAUGUUAUGCAUUUUGCAAACAAAACUCUUGCUGAUGUUCUUGAUCAGUCGUUGAAGGAGAUUAAAACGAUGAUUGAUCUUCAAAGAGAUUCAAAUCUUGAGAAAGAGAUUAGCUUUGAGAAGCGAUGGAGGGAUCAACAUAUUGCAGAGUUUGAUGUAUUGGCCAAACGUCUGAAGCUAAUUGUUGAGCAUUCCUCAUUGGGGACCAAACUGUAACAUUGUCAUCGUGUACAAAAUGUUCGUGUCACUCUGGGACCAAGUGUACAAAAUUUUUGUAUCGUCAUGUUUCAACACCGGAUCUGGAAGGACAUCGAGUAUCAAAAACAAGUUACAUUUGUCAGGAAGAGCAGGUGGUGACUUGUUGGAAGAUGCCGAUGGGAGUUCUGGCAGAGGAUAUCACUUGGCCUUGAUUGCCGCAUAGGGAGCACGAGAAGCGGUGGUUCCGGGUUUGGCGUCGGAUCCUUUGCAAGUUUGAUAGGUGUCGAGUUUUUAUAUUUCGAUUACUUUUUCGAUUCCAAAUACAGUUUCUUUGAAGUUUAGAAUGAGGUUGUAGCCUUGAUCUUCACCUUCCUUGCCCAUGUUGCGGGAGCUCCGAUCGCCCAUUUAGCCGCCCAAAGUCGAAAAGUGAUUCAAAGAUAUCAAAUGGGUUACUGAAAUCUUGGUUGGAUUUGAUUAAUUUGGGAAAUUUUUAGAGCGAACGACUGUGAUGUGAAACGUUUGUUGAUUUUAAUGAUUUUUUGGUGGAUUGAACUUACUUUGUUACACAUGUCGUUGAUACCUUUGAGUACAGCCUCAAGCCC